AUGGCUUUUGCUUAUACUCACUUUGAAGACAAUCCUUCUGCGUGGAAUGCUAGUGAUUAUCAAUCCAAUAGCGAAUAUUACAAGCAAUUGACUGAUAUACAUGAAUUCAGUCAAUUAGAUAAUCUUCGUUUGGAUCGUCUUUCAUCUCCUCGAUUUCAUCCAAGCAAUGGAAAAACUAUUAUCUAUCUUAGGGGACAAUAUUGUAUGCACGAUUUAAAACGCUAUACAAGAACACUUCAUUGGGUUGAUUUAGAAACAAAUAAAACUGUUCAAUUAACACGACCUAUUUGGAAUAUUUAUGAUAGCUCAUUCUAUUGGGUAGAUGAUAAAACAAUUAUUUUUCUGUCAAACCGAGCUUCAUCAGGUCUUAAUCAAAUAUUUCAACUCAAUCUCCCUGAUGAUCUAUCAAUUACAAGCAAUUAUCUGGAUCCAAUUCAAAUUACUGAUUAUCCACUUGGUAUUGAUCAUCUGCUAGUCAAUCGACAAGGAACACGUCUUGCAUUUAGUUGUCAAGUUUAUGCUAAUUUAUCCAUUCAACAAACAGCUGAUCGUCGAACAAUUGAAAGAGCUAGUAGUAGUUUUAUGUAUAAAUUUGAUAAAUUAUUGAUUCGUUUCUGGGGUGAAUAUAUACUUGGUCCACGUCAUCAUCCAUUUAUUGUUUCAAUUAAACGAAAUACAAAUGGUACAUUUUAUUUUACAUCUACACCAAUAGAUAUUCUUUUUGGUAUGGAUGCUGAUUCACCACUAAGAUUAGUUGGAGAUAGUACUAGUGAUUGGUCAUUUAGUGCAAGCGGAAACAAAUUUGCUUAUACAAGACAAUAUGAUGAAACAAGUGCAGCUGUUUGGUCAACAAAUUUCGAUAUAUACACGGUUGAUUUAACUGCAUCUAACUUAACUAGUGUAUGCAUGACAUGUGAAAAUCUUGCAGCAGAUGCAAAUCCAAGAUAUUCACCAAUAGAUGAUCAAGUUCUAAUCUAUCUAGCACAGUCAAUUCCUAAUUAUGGAGGAGAUCAAUGGAAAAUUAAAGUGUACAAUGGUUCUCAUCCAAAAAGAACUCUUCUGGAUAAUUGGGAUCGGAGUAUUUCAUCUGUAACAUGGUCACUUGAUGGCCAAUCAUUGUUCAUUGAGUUAGGUGAAGAAGCAAGUCAUGUUAUUUAUAAAUUCUCUAAUAUCUUAUCACCUUCGUCGACUCCUAUUCGUCUGAUUAGCAAUGGUUCAUCACAUGAUGUUAAUAUUCAUCCGGCGAAUAAUGAAAUAUUUAUAUUUACUCAUAAAAGCAUUACUCAACCAACGAAUAUUUAUUUAUAUACAUCCCAAACAUCAAUGCGACCUAUUACCAGUCACAAUAAUAAUCUUUUAGAUAAAGUACGAAUGAGUACAGUAGUUGAAAAAUUUCAUUUCAUAGGUGCGCAACGUGAAACGGUAUGGGGAUGGCAUGUACAACCAAUAAAUGGCACAGCUGAAAAAGCGCCACUGGUUUUUCUUAUUCACGGCGGUCCGCAAGUUUGUUACUAUGAUGAAUGGAGGUAUAGUUUAAAUUUUCAAAUAUUUGCAUCAAAAGGUUAUGCUGUUAUUGCAAUUAAUUUUCAUGGAUCCACGUCAUACGGACAAAAUUUUACUGAUAGUAUUAUAGGUCAAUAUGGUGCAUUACCCUAUGAAGAUUUACAGAUCGGGCUCACUGAAGUUUUACGUAAUUAUAAUUAUAUUGAUGGAAAUCGAGCUAUAGCAUUAGGUGCUAGUUAUGGUGGUUAUAUGGUCAAUUGGAUUGCUGGCCAUCCCGAGAUGAGUCGACGUUUUAAAACACUCAUUUCGUAUGCUGGUAUAUUUGAUCUAAGACAAAUGGCUUAUUCAAUGGAUAACGUGGGGGCUAUGGAUGAGGUAGUCGGUGGUUUCGCUCCUUAUGAAAAUCCUGAUGCAUUUGAAAAAUUUAAUCCGAUCAAUCAUGUUGCAAAUUGGACUCAACCAAUGCUAAUUAUUCAUGGUGCUCAUGAUUAUCGUGUACCUGAUACACAAGGAAUUAGUGCAUUUACGGCCUUACAACGGCGCGGUAUUCCAAGUCGAAUGCUUUAUUUUCCUACGGAAAGCCACGGAAUAUCAAAUCCAUUCAAUUCACUUAUCUUGUACCAAGAAAUAUUUGAUUGGAUGAACAAAUGGAUCUCAUAG